AUGUCUAAUAUAGAUAACAAUAGAAAACUGAUUAAUAAUAAUAUGAACGAAAGCAAUAAUCAAUGUACAGUCGGUUCAAAAGCAUCGGUUGUUUUAGGCGCCCAAUGGGGCGAUGAGGGCAAAGGCAAGAUUGUCGACUUAUUGUCAACUGAUGCUGAUAUUUGCUGCCGAUGUCAGGCCGGCAAUAAUUCUGGUCAUACAGUAGUAGUUGGUGAUAAUGAUAUCUAUGUGUUUCAUAUGUUGCCGUGUGGCUAUACUAAUCAAAAAUGUACGGCCGUUUUAGGCAAUGGAUGUGUUAUACAUUUAAAGCAACUAAUUGAUGAAAUCUAUGAAAAUCAAUCAAAAAUAAAAUUGAAUGAUUUAAACAAUAAUUGGAAACAUCGACUACUAAUCUCUGAUAGGGCACACAUUGUUUUUGAUUUUCAUCAGACCAUCGAUGGUCUACAAGAGCUUCGAAAGGGUUCAAAUAGUAUCGGUACCACUAAAAUGGGUAUCGGUCCCACCUAUACUACAAAAGUCAGUCGUAUAGGUAUCAGAAUGGCUGAUCUGAUUGCUGAUGAUUUCAGUCAUUUUGAAAACAAAUUUCGGUCAUUGUUUCAAAAUUUGAAAUCAAACUACCCGUCCCUUAGUCAAGAAUUGUUUGACGCAGAACUCAGCAAAUAUAAGAAAUAUGCUGAUGUAAUUAGACCCUGUGUUACCGAUACGGUAUUAUAUUUGAAUAGUCAGCUAAGAGCCGGUAGACGUAUAGUUAUUGAAGGUGCCAAUGCAGCCAUACUUGAUAUUGAUUUUGGUACCUAUCCAUAUGUAACAUCAUCUAACUGUACGAUUGGCGGUGUGUGCACUGGUUUGGGUAUACCGACACAACAACUUGGCAAUGUUUACGGUAUAGUAAAAGCCUAUACUACACGAUUGGGUGGGGGUCCGUUUCCCACUGAACUAACCGAUCACUGGGGCGACUAUUUGAAGAUGAAUGGCAACGAACUUAGUACGACUACAGGCUGUAGACGACGAUGCGGUUGGUUAGAUGUAGUACUAGUGCGCUAUUCAAAUAUAAUUAAUGGCUAUACAGCUCUGGCUAUAACUAAGUUAGAUAUUAUGGAUAAGUUUCCAGAGAUUAAAAUUGCAGUCAGUUAUCAAUUAGAUGGCAAAGAGUUUACACAUUCACUGCCGGCUAUUUCAUCGGAUUUGGCCAAAGUUAAGGUUAAGUAUAUAACAUUAGACGGAUGGCAAACAAGCACUGGUAGUGUUCGUAAUUUUGCCGAUUUGCCGGACAACGCCCAACACUAUGUGCUAACUAUUCAGAAACUAGUUGGCGUUCCCGUUAAAUGGGUCAGUGUUGGACCUAAACGUGGAGAUACUAUAAAAUUAUUUUAA